AUGGCCGACGAACAUCAGUUGAUUAAAUUUGAACCUGGCCAUAUACGCCAAAUUUCGGAUGCAGCAAACACCCCGAAACUGGAUGUACUCAAACCGUUUUUCGACUUGUCGAUAGCAAUCAGAAAUGCUACUGGAGUACUUCCGGAUAACGUUAAACCGGCCAUAGUCCACUUGUGUAAUAUUCAUUCAAGGAUGAAUACUAAAAUAAAACAGGGACUAAGUGUUGCAGGUGCUACAGCAGCAAAAUUUGUACUCAAAUGUUCCGCAUUAAUGGCACGCCAGAUGAACGAAAAAGAUGCAGUUGCUCUGAAGAGUUUGGCGGAUAAAUUAGCUGCUUGCUUGGUUACAGAUUUGGAGCAAUUCAUUCGCGAGGCAACGGAUGAGCUUUCAAUAGUACAGAAGACAUUGCUAAUAGAAGCGUCAGGAGGUAGACUGAGGGGGUUGAUUAACGAUCUGGAAAAACUGGAAACGCAGUUGAAGGAAGAUGAAGGAGUAAUAGAGAAAAUAGAGUUAGAAAUGAACCAAAUCGAAGGGAAAAUUGCAUCACUCAAAUACCGAAUAAGUCUUUUGGAAAAGAAUACCACAAAUGAAACCAUGGCAAAAAAUGAAAUGAGACAGGAGUUGACUCAAUUGAAGAUACAAAUACCGGAUUAUGAAAGGGUGCUGCUACAACACCAUAACAUCACGACCAAGCAAACGAGACCAGUACUUUUCGGAUUAUUCAACCGAUCACAAGAUAUUGUUACUGAUAACGGCGAAGCAACCGCAAAAAAAAACCUUGAUGAAUUGAAUGUAAGAAUAAAGAUCUUGGAAACCAGCAUGGGGAACUGGUCUAUUGGAGAAUUGGAAAAGAGUAAAACCGAUGCAGUAAAUGAAGUAGUAGUCCUUGAAGAGCAGCAAAAGGAGUUACAAAAAGAAAACGCACCAGCCGUAAAGAAGCGUAUGGAUUUAUUGGCAAUCAAAGAAAAAGUAUGCAAAGAAAUCGAAAAUAUUUAUGAAAAGUUAGAAACAAGAAAUCAGGAAAGUAUCAAAACUGUUGACACUUUGGCAACAUGUGUGAUGGAUGCCACUGAAAGCUUCCAGAAGGCGUGCACUCAGAUUAAUUCUCAUUUAUUAUCAAUCGACACUGAUGCGGAUUUGAUUGUUGACGGAAUUAUUGGCGCGAUCCAAUUAGUGACUCUCGCUGAUGAAUGCAACGGUACCGCCACGCUACAGCGAAUAAAACAUCAGUUAUCUACAAUAGAAAUACUUCCCGUCCGCACUAACUCUGCCACCGUAGAGGAGGCAUGA